AUGUCCAAUAGAGACGAGCAUGAGCAUACGGCAGUGGUACAUCCUGUGGAAUUAAGUCUAUAUUCCCUGAUAUCGAACGACCUUGAUGAGAUCUUCAGCUCGAUUAAUAAGUUGAGAUCGGUGCAGGCAUUGUCAAUUUUAAAGUUGAGGUCAAUUAGGAACUCCAUACAGCAUGAGAACGAUCUACUCUCCAUGGAGAGUUCAGAAAGGAGGAUACAAAGACUUCUAGAAAGAUUAGAAGCAUUAGAGGAUCGUAUUUCAAAGCGUAUAUAA